AUGACAUGGGCGUUAUCCGACUCUAUGACACACACCUCGUCCAGUUUGUCCGCUUUCACACAUGUCACCACUGUCUUCUCGUCAUGGCUUUCAAGGGGAGAAAAUGGAAGUUUCUACUCCUGCUCAAUGUUCUGGGGCUGGCGGCAAUAUUCAUUCUCUUGACCAACACCAAAUGGUUGCAAAAUAGUCUGCUUCUGCCGUCGACUGUUCCAGUCCUGCCCGAUUCUAGAAUGGUGGAGAAGACGACGCAAAUGGAGCCGGUGACUGAUCCAGAACUGGAGAAGACAACAAUGGCAUGGGAGAGAACCGGCGAGAGUGUGCAGGACACUCUGAAGGAGAGGCUCAGCUACCUGGAGGACAUCGUGUUCAAACACCUGAGCGGUCUUUCCAAACGUCUGGGACUGGUUGAGGGCUUCAACGCUCCGGGCUCAGACGGCCUUCCCAUCACGCUUUCCCCAAAAGACAAAGCCAAAGCCCAAACCCUGAGGAUCAAGUACGGCUAUGAUCCCGUCAUGAGCGACAGGAUCUCUCUGGACCGAACAAUUCCGGACUUCAGACCCAGCAAAUGCAAAGAGUACACCUACCCGUCAGAUCUUCCCCAGAUCGGCCUCAUUUUCAUCUUCGUCAAUGAAGCCCUGUCUGUCAUCCUUCGCUCCAUCCACUCAGCUGUCAAUCACACACCUGCCCACCUGCUCAAGGAAAUCAUUCUGGUUGACGACUGCAGCGACGACGAACAACUGAAAGGCCCGCUGGAGGAGUACGUGAAUAAGCGCUACCCUGGUUUGGUGAAGAUCGUCAGGAAUCAAAAGCGGGAGGGUCUGAUUCGAGCCAGGAUCGAGGGCUGGAAGGUGGCUACCGCCGAGGUGACGGGAAUCUUUGAUGCCCACAUGGAGUUCACACCCUUCUGGGCCGAGCCGGUUCUGGCACGGAUCAAAGAGGACCGCACAAGGAUCAUCUUGCCUUCCAUCGACAACAUCGACCAUGAUACCUUCCAGUUGGUCUCCUACGGACAACCGUCCCACGGCUACGAUUGGCAGCUGUGGUGUAAAUACAUCAGCCCCUCAAAUGAUUGGAAGGCCCUGAAGGAUGACUCUGUCCCCAUCAGAAGUCCCGCCAUGAUUGGCUGCUCCUUCGUGGUAAACCGAGUCUACUUUGGGGAGCUAGGCUUGUUUGACCCUGGCAUGGAAGUCUACGGGGGAGAGAACGUGGAACUAGGUAUCCGGGUGUGGCUGUGUGGUGGCAGCAUGGAGAUGCUGCCGUGCUCCCGUGUAGCUCAUAUCACGCGCUUCAAGAAACCUUACCUGGAACAGUCCCUGGCGGACCUCAUGCGGCGCAAUGGGAUUCGUGUGGCUGAGGUUUGGUUAGACGAAUACAAGCGCGACUUCUACAUGGCCUGGAACAUUCCAAUGGAGGGUCAUGGUAUCGAUUAUGGAAACAUCUCUGAGAGGGUGGAACUCAGGAAGAGACUGCAGUGUAAGAACUUCAAGUGGUACCUCGACAACGUUUACCCUGAGAUGAAGACGCACGAAAACACCAUCCUCUACGGCACAAUGUACAACUGGAAGGUUGACAAACUGUGUUUGGAUCAGGGUGAAAAGGUGGACCACGCCGCCAUCCUGUUCCCCUGCCAUGGCUUGUCUCCACAGUUGGUGCGCUACACCAAAGACAGCCAGAUUUUCCUGGGUCAGCUGAGCAACAGCUACACAGACACCCGCUGCCUGGUGGACUUUCCCAACAAUGUCGCACCGCAGCUCCUUGACUGCAGCACAGUGUCUAACAUCAGGCACACCAAGUGGAUUUUCAGUCAGGGCAAUUCGGUCCAAAACUUGGCCACGAAACGCUGCAUGGAGGUGAAGCCCACUACAACCAACCCGUUCUUCAAGGUGGUGAUGCAAAGCUGCUCGGGCCAGAGGUGGAACUUGACUAUUCCCGCUGUACGAGUCUGAGUUGUCGUCAUCUACUUCCAGGAUUCUCCGCAAAGCGCCGGUGAACUCGCUGGAUCAGGCUCAUUUUAACGCAUUCACUCCCAAAGAUGUUUUUAAACGUCUUUUCAGACUUGGUCUAGAAUUGGCUGGUACUGGAUGAGUUAAAUGCCAGUGGCAGUUCUCACAUUAGCCAGUAGGAGGAGAUGCAGGUCAUUGAUUGUCGUCUUUUGUAUUGUAUGUGUUGCAGUGUUCUUCGCGUAUUUAUUGCAUUUGCCCUUCAUAUCAAAAUGGCACAUUUAAUCAUUUCUAGGCUUUAUUAACUUUGAAGCCUACUUUAAAAAAAAAUUGGGCACAUCAUCUCUGCUUGUUAAGAUUUUUUUUUCGGCUUUAAUUUCAACUUCUCAGUGCUUACAAUUUAUAUGCUUGAGUUAGCAACAGUACUACUGUGGGGGUCGGGGGCGUCAUAUAUAUAACCAGAUAUAUAACCAAAUAAAAGGCAUUUUAAAUCUGGACAAAAUACAUGUAUACAUGCAAAAUAUGUAUUUGUUAUAUAUUUCAUUUUUCGAAAAAGAUCUCUCGAUACAUGUAUCAAAAAUCCACUAUCCUAUCCCAACAACAAAAGGGAUUGACGCAAACAACAAUAUAAAUACACACUCGGACCCCCCCCCCCCCCCCCCCCCCCCGGCCCCCGCCCCUCAGUGCAAAGGGCUCUCUUGCAUAGAAAUUACCAUUCAAGGUUGUCACAAAACUUUUCAAGAGCAAAACAACUAUAAUUUUGUGGGUGGAGGGGCGGGGGGGAUCACUAAAAUCAACUCAUUUACGUUUUUAAUACUAUUGAGGUCCUAUGUUUCUGCUGCAUGUCAUGCCAAUCCGCAAUUUCUUUUUAGGCCUAUUCAUGUACAUGACAGUAUAAGAACCACUGUAAGGUCAAAUAAGACUGUAAAGGCCUGGAUAUAAAUAAAAAAUAUCAAUAGUGUAUAAAAAAAAGUCAAAUAUUUUUCAUUGUCAAUUGUUCUCGUGUUCUAAAAUGUUCAAAAUGUAUUUAAAAAUUUGAUCAAAGCUAAUGUGAUUAGUACCCUUAUAAUAUUUUCUUGAAGCAAUGCAAAUAAAACACUGUUGAAGUUG